AUGACAGUAGCUAAUGUCAAAUCAGGAAUUGAAUUAAAAUUUGUGGGUCCAUAUGAUCCAGUAUGGAAAACCUACGAAUUGUGCAAGGGACCUAAGUUUAAAAACGCUUCUGAGACGGAUGUCGACGUAUUUCAACAAGGCAAAGACUAUUAUGGGACAUUUAAAUUUAAGUUUUUAACUCGCAGUUUAGUGGAUGAGAUUAGACUGUGGCUCUAUUCGGUAGUCGGCGAUACAAGAAAACAACUGUGGUCACACAAAUUAUCAGAUCCCUGUAAAAAUUUUGUGUUUGCUGAACUAAUACAGGAGCAGCUUAAUUCGGCUAAAUGCAUUGUUGAACAGGGACCAUAUGGUAUUAGAUGGACUAGAUAUAAUAUAUGCCCAGGAUCCAAAUCAAAAAAUUCGACUAACAUAACAUUAGCAUUGGAAAAGGAAAAUGAAGAUUAUUUUGCCAAACUAACAAUUGAUGUCUUGGUUAAAACUUCUAUCGACGAGGUAAAAGUGUGGGUUUACAAAAUGAAAAAUGAAAACAAAAGCUUGCUGUGGGUAUAUAAGUCGAGCGAUGCUUGCAAACACUUCAUUUUCGCUGAGAUAAUUAAAAAGCAAUUGAAUGCCAGAAAUUGUGUUAUUGAAAAGGGCGCAAGUAAUAUGACACUAAAUUUCACGGAAAUAACGAAAAAUAUGAUUGGUUCGUCAUUUUUUUACGGAAAUUAUUCUAUGAAGUCCAUCGCCACGUCGAAAAAAGCGAAUUUCCUGUGUUUUAUUUUUGAUGUUGAAUUUUAUAAGAAAAAUGUGUAAUGACAUUAUUCUGAUGUUAGUGUUUAAGGUAUUUUUAUUUUAUUUUGAAUUGUAUAAGCUAGUUAAGUUAAGUUUUUUCUCAAUAUUGUUUUUUUAAUGGUUAAUAUUAUUGGUUUCAACAGGUUAUGUUGACUAUAUUGAAAAUUUUUGCUUGUGUUCGAUAUUUCUCCGGGAAUCGAACCCACAGGUUCCAUUGCCACUUCAUGAAUUGGUUAUGCAAGACAUUUGUCAUCUGUGUCGUUUAGAAGUUAUUGUAAUAUCAAACAUAAAUAAAAAUUAACAUAAGAAAAAAAGAGGUAUACAGAAUAUAUGUUUGUGUAUUUCAAUAAUUGUAUUUUUAAUUUUAAUUUCAGACCAAU